AUGUGUAAGGAUAGAUCCUUACAUGUAUACAAGCCGAUCUGCAGGGACCACACGGACAAGCCCGAGCAAGGCAGGCAGCUUUGCCACGUCCAUCGGGUGCCGUCUAGUCCGCGCGCAGAAAUUCCAAGCACAUGGAAGGAUAGCAAAAUCAUGUUCGGAAUGUCGGAUCGAGCGCUCUACUCACUACCCGUAUGGUCGCACUGGGUGCCGGCAUCGAAGGAGAGAAUUGACCUUUCGGGGCAUUCACCGGCGGCGGCGGCACUGGCGGUGCCCGAGAUCCUGAUUCUGACCCAUCCACCGAACCCGACCGAAGCGUCUCGCAUCACCGAAGCCGUCGAGGAGGCUCAUGGGCUCGGUAUCAACGUCGUGAUGCGUAAGCAGGAAGCGGACCGAUUCGAGACGAGGUACUUUAUGCUCGCCAAGGAGAUGUGGGCCGAAGCGCAAAGGAAGAAAAAGACUCAUGGCGUCGAGACCGACUGGUUUGUGUUCUGGUGAGUCGCGAUACAGUUUUUCCAACACGCUAAAGUUCUAAGAUUUUUCACGUUGCAAUGUUGGACUUCUCUUAGUGACGAUGAUACCUUUUUUCCCGACUGGGACUCGGUGGUGAGGAUGCUGUUAGAACACGAUCCGGCAAAACCCAUCCUCAUCGGUGCCCUCUCGGAAUCCGUCCAUCAAGUGAGUGGCCAAAAUGAAUAGUUAACCUCUGAUCAAGCAUCUCCCGACUAAGUCAGUUUCUGCUGAACCCUUCAGGUCAAACAGUGGGGUCACAUCAGUUACGGUGGUGCAGGAAUCUUCGUUAGCCGAGCGAUGCUGCACCUUUUCAACGGCCCGGGACAAAGUCAGUAGAGCUUGCUUUCGAACGGCGCAUUAGGAAGUAGCUGACAAAUCACAUGGCUCGCAGUCGAAGAUUGCCUUGACAAAUUUGGUUCGGCGUUCGGCGGUGAUGCAAUGGUCGCGCAUUGUGCAGCUCUGGCGACCAAAAGGGACAUUAAAGACGUUUUGACCCUCGAUGAUACGUUACAUCAACUUGACAUCCGGGGAGAUGGAACAGGAUUCUUCCAGUCCGGUUUCCUCAUCACGUCACUGCAUCAUUGGGGCAGGUCCGUCGCGCCGAGCUAUAUGUUGCACUCACUGCACCGGGCCAGUUUUUACUGACCGCCUCACUCUGCCAUGUGCUCGCAGCUGGUUUACCAUUUUCCCGCCAUGGUCCGAGAGUGGGAGCGGAGAUCUACGGAAGAGCAUCAGUCUCGUAGGACGAGCAGCCAAAGCCGUCGGGGGUGACAACUGGGGGCGACGCUACGUUUUCGAAGACGGCAAAGUCGUUGUCAGUCUCGGUUACAGCAUCUCGAUCGAAGCGAGGGCAUUGUCCGAGUCCGAGUUAAACCGCUCCGAACAUACAUGGUGGGAGUUCGAGACGUUUCAUCCGAUUCGGCCGGGGAAGCACGAGAGUAUCGAGAAGCGCACGUAUUAUCUCUCGGCCGUGCGACACCUAGAAUCGGGGGUGGUGAAACUCGAGCACAAGAAUCGGGAGAAUGAGAGGGCCGACGUCAUUUGGGAUGCGCGCGAGGGCUGA